AUGUCUUUCACCAUCUUGUGUUUGCAGUUAAGCACAAACUUGAAUGCCCAAGCUCUGAUUGGUGUGGAGACCUGGAAAGGUAAUACACCUAGAUCAGAAUCUGAAGAAGUAAAACUGCAGAAAAUCAGCAAGCAGAUUGUCCAAAAUGCCAUCCUUCGAGCUGUACAACAAGUCACCCAGGAGAUCCAACAAAAAGAGGAAGGAAUUACCUCAACCAACAUGAUCGGGCUGCAGCAGCUAGGGGUGGUGAUGCUCACGAAGAAGCAUGAAAAGAAAUUGCGGGGAUACCCUGAUCUUCCUUAG